AUGUAUGUGAAAUGGUUUGAUACAGUAAUGUUAUACUAUGUGAUUUUAGUGAAUAUCACUUUUUGUUAUUUUCAAAUUUCCCGCCGUUCCGUCCCCGUACGUCCCGACACUCCCAAGGGACGGAACCCAGAUGACAGAUGCCAGCAUCUGCCGGAUUACAUUGCCCGGACACAUUGCAGGAGGGACAUCGCAGGAGCACAGGACAAGGUAAGUGAAGAACAGAUCUCGGAGCAGCGCCGCAUGGUAUUCCCGAGUGUAGCUCGGGGUUACCGAUUUUGCUACACUCGGGAAUACCGUCAGGGAGGU